GCUGUGAUAUUUUAGUACUCAUAAUAUUUUGAAAGGGGCUGAAGGGAGAGAGAGACGUUGGCAAAUGGGCAUUGACAGUCACCUUAAAAUUUGAAAAGAUUGGAGACAAAACACACAUAAAAACAGAGAAUAAAAUCAGAGGGACCAGUCUUCAACUCUUCUGUACACCCAUACUUGUGCGAGAAUCCCAUCUAAGAAGCAAACAGCAAAUGAUGUCUAAUUUCUGUUUUCUACUAAACAAUCUUGGUCAGCUUUGAAAUUUGAGAUUGGUUUCCUUGAUGGAAUGCAUACAAGUGUUGCUUUGUAGUAAGUAGUUUCAGAAUAUUGGAGGGUGAGAUGGAGAAUAUAGGUAAGAAAGAGAAUGGGUUUUGUGGGUCAGAAUCAUUGAGUGACAAGGGUAGUAGUACGACUUCGAGUUCGAGCAGAUCCAGUUCUGACACAUCCUUUGAUGAGAGCAAGGGGAAGAAGGACUGUUGUUCUUCACUAGGAUGGCCUAUUCGGAAGCCCCAAAUGACCAAGUCUGAUGAUGUGCAUAAUUCCACCUUCAAUAAGCUUCAUUCAAGUAUUUCAGAACUGGAGAUGAUGAAAGAAAGAUUUUCAAAAUUGUUGCUGGGUGAAGACAUGUCUGGUAGUGGCAAGGGGGUUUCCACAUCAUUGGCCAUUUCAAAUGCCAUAACCAACCUCUGUGCUACUAUAUUUGGACAAUUGUGGAGACUAGAACCGCUGGCUGAGGAAAAGAAAUCAAUGUGGAGAAGAGAGAUGGAGUGGAUUGUUUCUGUUAGCGACCACAUUGUUGAAUUAAUACCUUCUUGGCAAACAUUUCCUGAUGGAAGUAAGCUUGAGGUCAUGACUAAUAGACCAAGAGCAGACCUUUUUAUUAAUCUUCCAGCUCUCCGGAAACUUGACAAUAUGCUUAUUGAAAUACUAGAUAGCUUCACCAAUAAGGAGUUUUGGUAUGUGGAUCAAGGGAUAAUGGCAGCAGAGGAUGAUGGUUCAGCCUCUUUUCGGAAAGCCAUCCAGCGCCAACAAGACAAGUGGUGGCUGCCUGUCCCAAGGGUGCCUCAUGGUGGUUUGCUUGAAGACACAAGGAAGCAGUUAAAUCACAAACGUGAAUGUGCUAGUCAAAUUCUCAAAGCUGCCAUCUCAAUAAAUAGCAUUACAUUAGCUGACAUUGAAGUUCCUGAUUCGUAUUUGGAUGCUCUUCCAAAGAAUGGAAAAGCCUGUCUAGGGGAUGUCAUCUACCGCUAUAUCACUUCAGAGCAUUUCUCCUCUGAGUGCUUGCUUGAUUGUCUUGAUGUGUCGAGUGAGUAUGUUGCUUUAGAGAUAGCAAACCGUGUGGAGGCUUCAAUUUAUGUGUGGCGAAGAAGACAUCAUCCUAGACCUCCUAAUCCAAAUCGUUCUACAGCAAAAUCAUCUUGGGAGAUGGUCAGGGAUCUAGUCGUUGAUGGGGGAGACAAGAGGGAGUCGCUUGCUGAGAGAGCUGAAAACCUCCUGCUUUGCCUCAAGCAACGAUUCCCUGGCCUAACCCAAACUACUUUAGAUGCCAGCAAGAUUCAGCACAACAAGGAUGUAGGAAAGUCCAUCUUAGAGAGCUACUCAAGAGUCCUUGAGAGUUUGGCUUUCAAUAUUGUGGCACGAAUUGAUGAUCUACUAUACGUGGACGACUUAACUAGGCAGUCUGAUAAGCUGUCAGCGAUUGCCCACAAAAAGGUGUCAGCCACCCCAUAUAGAACACCAAACUUUUCACCUGUGCCACUGAUAAGCCCUGCAAGGGGGGAGAGAACUCCAUUUCUCACUGCAAAUACUAGUAAUAAACUAGCUCGACGUGGCAUCGGAGUAAAGAGAGUCUUGUCAAAUUAUCUCGGCUGCGAAGCAAAGACAAAGAAUUCAUUGGAGGCCUUUGCUUCAAUUUCUAACAAGACUUCUGACAACAUUCAAAGUCCAGAGCUAUCAUCUUGCCUUCAACCUGGAAAAGCUCUACGAUCAAUAGACCGCUGAUCGGUGGAACUUAAGUUAAAUAUUACUAGUUAGGAAUGAAUAGAGCAAAAGGAAAAAGGAUCCAUAGAUGAUAGAUACUUUCUGUUCGACUUUAUUAUAUUUCAUUUUCUAUUACAUGUUGUUUUACAUAAUAGUUGAGAUUAUAUGUUUGUGUGAUGUACACACUCUGUCUGUUU